AUUGGCGGGCUUCGGCCAACGCAGCCGAGCGGGCCGCGGGAUGGAGUCGCCUGAAGGAAGCGGGUCCGGAGGGGACUUCACCGUGCCCAGCUCGCCACGGGGCUCCCCGGCCGUGCCCGGGCCCACGCGCCUCCGAGCCUUCCUCUGGUGCCGGGAGUUCCUGGCCGGCGCUUGGCGCUCCCUGGCGGCGCCCGAAGACCUCGGCAUCGUCCCCGUCAGUGGGGGGCUGAGCAACCUCCUCUACAAGUGCACCCUCCCAGAUCACAUUGUGACUGCAGAAGAUGAGCCACGCCAAGUUCUGCUGCGCAUCUAUGGAGUCAUCCUUCAGGGGGUCGACUCGCUGGUUCUCGAGAGCGUCAUGUUUGCCAUCCUGGCCGAGCGGAUGCUGGGGCCGCGCCUCUACGGCAUCUUCCCCCAGGGGCGCCUGGAGGAAUACAUCCCGAGCCGCCGCCUGAUCACUGAGGACUUGUCCGACCCCAGCAUCUCGGGGGAGAUCGCCACGAAGAUGGCUCACUUUCACGAGAUGGUGAUGCCCUUCAAUAAGGAGCCCAAGUGGAUGUUCGGGACAAUGGAGAGCUACUUGAAGCAGAUCUCCGAGCUGACCUUCCCCCAGGAAGCCCAGCUGCAGAAGCUCAGUAAGCUCAAGGCGUACAACUUGGAAGCGGAAAUGCGCAGCCUCAGGGAGCUCCUGGAGUCUACUCCAUCCCCCGUGGUCUUCUGUCACAAUGACGUGCAAGAAGGGAACAUCCUGCUCCUGGCUGGGCGCGAGGCCACCGCCUCCUCCGACCGCCUCAUGCUGAUCGACUUUGAGUACAGCAGCUACAACUACCGGGGCUUCGACAUCGCCAAUCACUUCUGCGAAUGGGUGUACAACUACGCCCACGACCAGUGGCCUUUCUACAAAGCCAGCCCAGAAAACUACCCCAGCCGCCACCAACAGCUGCAUUUUAUCCGCUGCUACCUGGAGGAGGCGGCCGGGAGGAAAGCCCGCCCAUCCCCGGAAGAGCAGGAGCGCCUCGAGGAGGAGAUGCUUCUAGAGAUCAGCCGAUUUGCGAUGGCCUCCCACUUCUUCUGGGGCUUGUGGUCCAUCUUGCAGGCCAAGAUCUCCACCAUCGAGUUUGGCUACCUGGAAUAUGCCCAGUGCCGCUUUGAAGCCUACUUCCAGCAGAAAUCUCUGUGCGAGUGACCCUCGCCCGUCCUGCCUCCGUGCCCAGGCUGGCACCAUCGCGGGACCUGGACUCGAACUCCUGAACCUCAAGAGGCACCGUUGCCAGUGGACCAAAGCUCUCUCCCCGGACACAGAAGAAGGAGGGUUGGCUGGCCAGCUCUCGUUCCGCAGCAGCAAAAACUCUUGGGCUUCUGGCUGGGCUGGUUCGUAGCCGGGCAAGGGGGCCACAGAGCCCCCGUGGGGUUGGCAGCACGCCUGGAGGAUGCCAGGCAGCUAAAUGUUGCAGGCAUGGCUUCUGGCAGGCGAGGCUGGUGGUCCCUCCAUGAUGGAAGUCCCUUGGGCACGGGGAAGGUGGGAAGAGGAGACAGGGAGGGGCUGUGUGAGCUCCCCCCCCCAGGCCCUCGCCUGCUUGCAUUCUGCCUUCUGUUGCCCUCAGUCCUCCGUGGCCUUCUGCUGCCUCCACCGCUGUGCCUUCCCUUGGCCAUGCACAGCCCCCUCCCCCCGAGAUUUCUCUCCUGCCCCAGAUCUGUGCACAAGCUCAGCUCUCUCCUUCCCUGCUCAGCCCGCCCCUCCCAGAUCUUAUACUAUCCUCCCUGUCCUCGCGGAUCCUCCUGGUCUGCCUGAGUGCUAGCCACAGGUGGCAUGUUUUGGGGGCGCUGCCUUUGGGGACCGAGACUGCACAGUGGAAGGCCAAGGACUAGUGACCCCCCCCCACACACACACACUCCGGUGAGCCUUGGGGCAGAGGUAGAGGGUCUCUAGGCCUUACUUUCUCGCUUGCUGCUGCAGGGAACCCCAGCUCUGGCCGCCAUCUCCCAUAACUGUGCGGUUUCCCAAGGAGACGCUGUGCCCAGGACUGGGGAGGCAGUGGGAGGGCUUCGGAGGCAGGACCAGAGGGCAAAGGCCGUCCCAGAGGACGCUCCUCUGCUGGGGGGGGCAGGGUUUGCUCUGGAGGUCUUCCCUCCCCAGCCCACUUCAUAGGAGCCUCUCCGGAACGACGGGCUGGUGAGACCAGGACUUGCGGGGUGGCUCCUGCCCCUUGCCCAGGGGGUGAGCCUUGGACCUGCUGGAGGGCCAGAUUUUGCAGGGGAGGGGGCUUUCCGCAUUGUUUCUUCCUUUCCCCGGGAAUGGCUUCGCUUGCUGGGGGCGGUGGGAGAUAAAUGACACCUUUUGGUCUUUGUUAACUUUGUUGUAGCUGCAUUUCUGUGAAUGUCCAGCAGAGGGAGCCAGGCACGCGGUGGGCUCUCUGGCCCAAGCUAGCUUUCAAUAGGCUGCCUGCCUGCCUGUUCUCUCUCUCUGUUCUCAGAGCCGCUCUUUUCUGGCAUCGCUCAUGAUAACCAUGGAAUGUAAUCUCUGCAAUUGCCAAUAAAAGCCUGGCACUCCAUCCACAAGGACCCCCCCCCUCUCUGUGUGUG